GCUGAGCUGCUCUUCAUUUCAUAAUUCAUGGAUUUUCUUUUCUUCCACAGGCCAGUUCCCCUCCUGUGAUUGUAAAUACCGACACACUCGAAGCACCAGCAUACGUGAAUGGUACAGAGGCAGAGAUGGAAUACGAGGAGAUCACACUGGAGAGGGGCAACUCAGGAUUGGGGUUCAGCAUUGCGGGGGGCACAGAUAACCCCCAUGUAGGAGACGACCCCAGUAUCUUCAUCACAAAGAUCAUCCCGGGCGGAGCAGCGGCUCAGGAUGGACGGCUCAGGGUGAAUGACAGCAUCCUGUUUGUGAAUGAGGUGGAUGUGCGGGAAGUGACGCACAGCACUGCUGUGGAGGCUCUGAAGGACGCCGGCUCCAUCGUCCGUCUCUAUGUCAUGCGCAGGAAACCCGCGUCCGAGAAGAUCCUGGAGAUCAAACUCAUCAAAGGGCCAAAAGGUCUCGGCUUCAGCAUUGCCGGCGGUGUUGGGAACCAGCACAUUCCUGGAGAUAAUAGUAUAUACGUGACGAAGAUUAUUGAGGGCGGAGCAGCACACAAGGAUUGCCGGCUUCAGAUUGGAGACAAAAUCCUGGCGGUGAAUCACGUCAGUUUGGAGGAUGUGAUGCACGAGGAUGCAGUGGCGGCUCUAAAGAACACAUCAGAUAUCGUCUACCUGAAAGUGGCCAAACCCACCAACGUCUACCUGAAUGAUUCUUACGCUCCCCCAGAUAUCACAACUUCCUACUCUCAGCAGCUGGACGGUGAUUUGUGUCACCCGAGUUACCUGGGCCCUGAGUAUGCACCGGUCAUGACACCGACGUCUCCUCGAAGAUACUCACCAAUCCCCAAAGAGCUGAUGGGAGAGGAGGAGGUGCCACGGGAACCUCGGAGGAUCGUCAUACAUCGCGGAUCCACGGGUCUCGGAUUUAAUAUCGUUGGUGGAGAAGACGGGGAGGGAAUUUUUAUCUCCUUCAUCUUGGCGGGGGGCCCGGCUGAUCUGAGCGGAGCCCUGCGGAAAGGCGAUCAGAUCCUUUCUGUGAACGGCGUGGAUCUGAGGAACGCGACACAUGAACAAGCAGCACUCGCCCUGAAGAACGCCGGCCAGACCGUCACCAUCAUCGCACAAUACAAACCGGAAGAGUACAGCCGCUUUGAGGCCAAAAUCCACGACCUGCGGGAACAGCUGAUGAACAGCAGUCUGGGGUCCGGCAGCGCCUCCCUGCACAACACCAACGGCAACAAACGGGGAUUCUACAUCCGGGCGCUCUUUGACUACGACAAGACGCGGGAUUGCGGCUUCCUCAGCCAGGCCCUGAGCUUUAAGUUCGGAGAUGUUCUGCAGGUCUUGGAUGCCACAGACGAGGAAUGGUGGCAGGCGCGCCGGGUCCAGCCGGAGGGGGAGGAGAUCGGCUUCAUCCCCAGCAAAAGAAGGGUGGAGAGGCGGGAAUGGUCUCGGUUAAAGGAUCGAGGCAGCACCACAGGCUCCCAGAAUCGGGAAGACAUAGUACUUAGUUAUGAAUCCGUUGCACAGAUGGAAGUUCAUUACGCUCGUCCAAUCAUAAUCCUGGGUCCCGGGAAGGACAGAGUAAACGAUGACCUUCUUUCUGAGUUUCCGGAUAAGUUUGGCUCAUGUGUCCCACAUACGACGCGCCCCAAGAGGGACUACGAGGUGGACGGCAGAGACUAUCACUUUGUCUCCUCGCGGGAGAAGAUGGAGAAGGACAUUCAGAGUCACAAGUUUAUUGAAGCCGGACAGUAUAAUGGCCACCUAUACGGGACGAGUGUGCAGAGCGUGCGCGAGGUGGCAGAGCAGGUAGGCAAGCACUGCAUCCUCGAUGUUUCCGCCAACGCCGUCCGACGUCUUCAGGCAGCUCAACUACAACCUAUUGCUAUUUUUAUACGUCCAAAAUCCCUGGAGAACAUUUUAGAAAUUAACAAACGCCUGACAGAGGAACAAGCGAGGAAAACGUACGAGAGAUCCACAAAGCUGGAACAAGACUUCACAGAGUGCUUCUCAGCGGUGGUCGAGGGAGACAGCUUUGAAGAGGUCUACCAUAAAAUAAAAGGGAUCAUCGAGGAUCUGUCAGGACCCUACAUCUGGGUUCCUUCUCGUGAAAGACUUUAAAACCAACUUCUUCCUUCACCCUCAGCAUGAUGUCCAUGACUGGAGACUGCUCUCUCCUGGAGCUUUGUAAAUGUGGAGGCAAUAAGGCACUUCCUGGCUUCUGAUGGCCUCCCCUCCCUGGAGGGCCUUAUGUCAUAUCCUCUUACAUAUCAGGAGGCCAUUAAGUUUGUGUUUAUAUGUUUUUACGUGUGUAUUUUAUACAUGCACAAAACUCAUAUAGACCACAAUCCGGCACUCCUCUGGUUUUCAUGGCUCCUCGUGGGAGUGGUUUCCUUGUGGUCCAGCCCCUGCUGAGUGCAGUUGGUUUGGAUCCUGCAGUCCCACCUAAUAGAGUGGGUGGAGCCUGUUGUAUAAAGAGACUUUUAGUCCUGGUUUUUUUAUCUCGCUGUCUGCGUUAAUCUUGUGCAUGCGUCUUAUACUGGAAGGGGGGACUCUGGAAAAAAAAUUCCCCCCAUCCCCACGCACAUGCCCUUACAGUUUGGGGCAAUAUGAACUAUGACUCCCCUUGUAAGGGGCAAUAGAUUCAUGGAUGUCUCCUUAGCUCUAAAACAAAGCCAUGGAGGGAUGUUCAAUGCUCUUCGGGGCCCGGACAGGAGAGAGACUGACCAGAAAGCACUGCUGGCACUCUCGUCAGAACGCGGGAUGAAAGGGCGGAGCUCUGCGGGGCUCAGGCAGGCGGAGGGUUACAUACAGUACAGUAAUAAAGAUAAAACUAUUUUAUGUGGAUAAAUAAAAUGUUAUAUAUUUA